CCCAGUAAGUGGCGGGAAUGCACCUAUCGUUGGUUUGCCAACCGCCAUAAAACUCCAAAAGAAGAAGAAGAAGAAGAAGAAGGUGAGACGUCACGAGCGUCAGUGGCGACGUGGAGACGCAGAGCUAAAAGAGUCAAUACAGCGUCAACAUCCACUGUAAAACACACUUUACUGGACGUUUACCAUCACGAAUUCUAACUCAUUUAGUAUUCGUCUGAGGAUACAAAGGCGCCUGUCCAGCGGACCGCGAGUGGCUUUUCUGAGGCGCUGUCAAAUCUGACAUUCAUCAAGUUUCGCUCGGCUGAUGAUGAGGCUCUGAGGAAGUCUCUGGUGGUUUCCGCGGGCGAUGGGUGCAAACACCAGUCAGGUGAGCGACCUGUCAGAGAGCCAGAGCAUCCGCACUCUGAUUGGUCCAGACGCCAUAUCCGAGAAUGAGCCCUUCUGGAACCAGCUGAUCUCAUUCACCUUCACCAGCCCCACCUGCAGUGCUGAUGCUAAACUCCUGGAGGAGGCUGUCGUCCCGCUGGCUAAGACUCUGAUUCAGAACAACCCCAGGUCUGGGAACUUCGGGGCGCUGGUGAGAGUUUUUCUCAGCAGAACCAAAGAACUGAAGAUUUCCACAGAAUGCCAAGAUCAGCUGUUCAUCUGGCAGGCCCAUAAUGCUUUGUUCCUGGUGCGCUGUUUGCUGAAGGUCUUCAUCCGAGAGAUGAGUGAAGAAGAGCUGCACUUACAGUUCUCCUACCAGGAGAGGGUGCCGGGAACCUACGACUCCAUCUGUAAGGAUCUUCUGGAGGAGCUGGUCUGUAAUUUGGUGCAUCUCAUUGUUGAAGUGCCGCUUCUCGACAUCACCUAUAACAUCCUAUUUGAAGCUGUGACCACCCUUCUGGUGCUGAUGUCCUAUCAGCUCUUCCACAAGGAGGUUCUGAAGGAGGGGCUUAUUUACGGCUACCUGACCAGAGGACGAUGUCUGUCUCUGACGAGUCGUCUGGUGAAGACGCUGCUGUAUAACUUCAUCAGACAGGAGAAAUGUCCUGCCGCCACACACGUGUUGCAGACGCAGUCAGACGGAGGAGGCAUGCUGUACGGACUCGCAUCAGGAGUCGCCAGUGGAUUGUGGAGCGUGUUCACAUUAGGCGGAGUCAGCAGCAGGCCGGGGGCGGAGCAAGAUCAGAACCCUCUCCCACUGUCCAAUCAGAGUCUGCUAUUGCUUCUGGUUCUGGCCAAUCUGACUGACGGAGCAGACUGUCCGAACCCCUACCGCCAGGCUGUUACCUGCUUCAAAAACACCCAAGAUUCCUCAUCCCUCCCGUCUCCUCAGCCUCACACGUUUCAGAUCAACUUUAACAGUCUGUACACAGCGCUGUACGAGCAGCAGAAAUCAGACCAGGUGACGCUACUGCUCUACACGCUACUGCACCAGAACAGCAACAUGAGGACGUACAUACUGUCCCGCACGGACAUGGAGAACCUGGUUUUGCCAAUUCUUGAGAUCUUGUAUCAUGUCGAGGAGAGAAACUCUCAUCAUGUAUACAUGGCCCUCAUCAUCCUCCUCAUCCUCACAGAAGACGACACCUUCAACCGCUCCAUACAUGAAGUGAUGUUGAAGAACAUCUCCUGGUAUACUGAGCGCGUUCUAACGGAGAUCUCUCUGGGCAGCCUGUUGAUCCUGGUUGUGAUUCGGACCAUCCAGUUCAACAUGACACGGACCAGGGAUAAAUACCUCCACACGAACUGCCUGGCUGCCCUAGCCAACAUGUCAGCCCAGUUUCGUAACCUACACCAGUACGCCGCCCAACGAAUUAUAAGUUUGUUUGCUCUGCUGUCAAAGAAGCACAAUAAAGUUCUGGAGCAGGCGACCCAGUCCUUGCAUGGGCCUCUGGGAGCAGAUGACAGGACCGUUCUGCCCGACUAUGCUCAGGAUCUGAACGUCAUUGAGGAGGUGAUCAGAAUGAUGCUGGAGAUUAUAAACUCCUGUUUGAGUAACUCGCUCCAUCACAACCCAAACCUGCUGUACGCACUGCUCUACAAGCGGGAACUCUUCGAGCAGUUCAGAUCGCAUCCGUCCUUCCAGGAUAUCAUGCAGAACCUCGACACGGUGAUUGGAUUCUUCAGCCAGCGACUGGAGCAGGCAGGAAGUGACCUGUCAGUGGAGAGAGUUCAAGAGGUCAUCAAGAAAGGUGCGGCGGCCCUCCCUAAAGAGCGUCUGAAGAAGUUUCCGGAGCUGAAGUUUAAAUACGUGGAGGAGGAGCAGCCCGAGGAUUUCUUCAUCCCGUACGUCUGGUCUCUGGUCUUUAACUCUGGAGUGGGUCUGUACUGGAACUCUCAGGGCAUCGAGCUGUUCAGCAUGGACUCGCCCUGACGGGACACGGGACUCUUCAGGUGUCUGUCUGUCUGUGUAAGUGCCUACACACAGCUCACGCGUCAUGCAUUCAACCCCUGAGCUUCCGUCCUCAUCGCACCAUUCAAAGGGCUGCAACUUCUGCUCUGCUAACAAACACGGACGCUCAUCGCCGGCGGCACUGAAUUCUGGGAUUGGUACGAUUUGGAGUUUCAGUCACAGCUCUGAUGUAGCUAAAACACUUCGGUUGAUUGUGAUAAUCAUUUGUUUGUUUGCUUGUUUCUGUUUGUGGGUCAUGGGUCACGUGGGGAAAAUGAGUCCAACCAAAAGAUUUCUUGACUGACGGUGAACAUUAAUCAUACUUUGACUCCAUUAGGAAUGAUUCUUAAAGAAAUAAUUCACCCAGAAAUGAAAAUUUGCUGAAAAUGUGCUCACCCUCAGA